AUGACAUUGGAGAGAGGUUGGUUGUUUCAGCGCUUUGGAAAUCAGAAAAAGCAGUCUACUUCAUCUAGUCAAAGUCAAGUCACCUUUUCCAACCUCUUGACAGACAUCAAGCCUUCCUCAAGUAGCUGUGUCUCACAGACAGACAUCAUCUCCACUGGGGUGUCCACUGCCUUGAGUGUGUCUUCCCACUCUAGCUGUCCUUCUUCUCAGAAUACAUCAUCGUCCUUCUCUUCACCGUCUUCAGCGCAGUCACUUCCUCCUGCUCUCAGUGCCCCAUUCCGUUUCACCCGUACAUAUGAUGUGUGCGUGUGCCACAGUGAUAAGGACAAUACCCAGGCCAGUGCUCUGGUUUCUUUUUUGGAGACCUCAUACAGAGGACUGCGCUGUUACUGGUAUCCUCGGGACUGUUCCUAUGGUGCAGCUUUGUCCACUGAGCUCUGUAAGGCCAUACAGGCUAGCCACUGCUGGGUGCUGCUGCUCAGUCCACAGUUCAUGCAGGACGAGUGGUGCUGGUACCAGAUGCAGCAGGUUAUCAGUGAAGGCCCUAUGUCUCAAAGGAUUAUUCCCACUAUGCUGAACAUGAGGAUUUCAGAGAUCCCAAAGGAACUGCGCUUCUUUUAUACUGUGGACUUGAACCGGAAUCAAGAGGCUGGCUACACUCAGGUGUAUAGAACUGUUCUUCAAUAUUUGAAGGACAUGUGCAAAAGAGAAGAGCUUAGCAUCACAAGUACAGUGGACUGUGGACAGAAAAGUGAACCAUUAGGACCUGGAAAUCAGCAUGAAAACUUGACUAGCCGACUAGUCGAACAAUUAUUUUGACUGAAAUAGAGCUUAAGCUGACAUUUAAUUUAUAUUAAUGCCUUGUUUAUUAUUGACUGUUUUUGAU